GGCGGUGUUGUCGCGAGGCGCGUCAGGCACAAAUGAUGCGAGGGCCUCCGGCACAAAUGGCCGUGACAAGCUUGCACCGUGGCUUCUCACCAUGUUGGAACGAAGGUUAUGACUGAUCAUGUUCGAAUAUUCGAAUUUUCAUGUUCGAAUUUCGUGAUAUUCAAUUGGUUGGAUCGUGGUCAUGGAUUUUUAUUCGUCUUGCUGGAAUAAUACGAGUCACUGUUUUAUUUAGAUUUCUUAAAGUUGUUUCGGUCAAAGUAAGAGAAAGUAGUGAAACAAGACCAAAAUAUAGCGCAGUAGUUAUCCUCUACAGCAUACAACUAUGUUUAUAUCUUCACCGCUGGUGCUCUAAUUCCCCUGAAAUACAUCAUCUUGCCAUCAAACGCGAUCGCUGCGGGAAGUUUGACACCAGCUGGCUUUAGUUUUGUCUUCUCAGCGCGCCACAGGCAAUUAUGGACGCUAGUCCAUGCCACAAUCGCAGACGUGGUUCAUGGAUGUGCAACUACAAGAACAGGUAGGAACAACAGAACAGGUAGGAACAACGAUGUUGAACAAGGUGGAAGAGGUGUUUUCGAUCUUACAGCUGGAGGUGGCGACGCGUCUGCAGGAGGCCGCAAGCAAUCCGCGGUACUAGAACACACAGAUGGCGCAGCUAAAGAGGCCACGAAUGAAG